GUCGCCUGCGGGUCCCAGUGAGGGGCAAGGAAAUCUCACUUCCUCCAUCAUACAUCAUCGUCAGGAAAACCUGUUUGAACCGGCUGUGCAGUCAUUGCGGAGUCUAUCAAUCCCAAAGUAAGCCGAUGCCAUCAUCCUCCUAGAUCAUCACUCCUUUGGGUCACGAGUUUCAAUGCUGUCACUCCCCUGCACCACAGGGUUCAAUUGGUUGCUAUUUUAGGGGUGAAAUUAGUGGUAAAGAAAACACAACUCACAGGCACCGCAUUGGAGCGAUGGGAAGAUGGAUACGAGGACAGACGGAUGCGAGAACGGACGAAUGCAAGGACGGACAGACAGGUGUGAGGAGAGACAGAUGUGAGGACAGAUUUCUGUUGUCUCCGGCAUCGGUGACGUUGUUCUCUGUUUACUUUGAUGUCAGCGGGCGGGGCUUCGCCUCUCCCGGGUCUGCGGGUGCAGCAUGAAGUGACGUUGGACUCUGUGAAAGGCUGUUUUUAGCAUUAGUGAGGCAGCCCUGUCACUUUCUCCCUCCGUUUGUUUAUGUUGCGGAUGACGUGGGAUGACGCGAAUGAUGUGGGAUGACAUCAGAGGCAAGGUUUUUUUUACGCUGAGUCACACCCGCGUCCUCCACACAACGCAAUCAUGGUGGACAGCGCCGUCAGUCAUGGCGGACUGUGUUUGUCUGUAUUCCUGCAUUCCAUCACAAGGAUUCCAUUCAGGAUUUUCCAUCAGGGGUCGAAAUGGAAAUAGUUGUGAAAUUGUGAUUCGUUGUUGAGUCUCAGGGUGGCUCAGUGACCAGGGCGAUGAUGACGCCAUAGAAUGCGGCUGUAAUGAUGACACCAUAGGAUGUGGCAGCACUGACGGUGCUGUGAAUGUGGCCCAUGACGAUGACGCCAUAGGAUACGGCCCACGCUCUGGUUUAUUUUGUGGAUAUUUGAGGAGUGCGGGUGUCUGCUUGUCCCUGAAAUCCCGGUGGAUUCCAUACUGAUGCUGUCUCUGAUGGGUUUUAUUGUUUUGUUUUAUUGUUGUUGUUGUGAGAGUCACAGUUCUGUUUCCUGUCGACUUUGUUUACCCAACUUCAGCAUUAAGAAAAUUCCCACAGUGCUCACAUUUCCCAGCUCUUCCGAACAUGGGCUCUCACCACCGGGCUAUCUUUCCACUCCAUCAGUGCCUGUCACGAGGCCCCACGUUUCAUCUCUGACGUUGUUAACGUGAGACUUUGUGACUUCCGGUCGGGUUAGCUACGGGAGAACCAGGUCUUCUCUUUCUCUUUGAAUUGCUUGUUUAUAAUUCAUUGAUUUCACUCCUAGGGGUGAUUAUUUCCUGCUGUCUCCUCCUGUUGGGUGCAUUUGCUUUCCUUUGUCCUAGAGCCUUUGGGUGCACUGUGAGGUCAACAGCAUGCCAUCAUGUGUGCUGUGCAGUCACUGGCAUGACGUCAGGUGUGUAGUGAUGUCGCUGAUAUGAGGUCACCGGUCGUUAGACGUCACGCAUUUCUUUAUGAGAGAAGCUCUGGUUGCUAUAAACCAUCUUUUCUUUCAGCACCGCCUCCCUUGUGUCCCGCGGGGUUCCUUGUCAGGAGCAUCUCGGCGCCUGCGUCUGCGGGAAUGGAGUCUGGUGUGGCACAGCUGCUCAGUGUGUGCUGUGCCUUCGGUUCCGUUCAGUUCUCGAAGGCUUUAAUUUCUUUAUUCCACUUGGACCAGGUUGUUGUUACCAAGGGUGGCUUAGCCCAGCGUUCGCGGCUUCCGGUCGCUUAGCAACGCACGUUCGUGACUACCGGUUGCUCAGCCCCACGCGCUCGCAGGCUUCCGGUUCAUGACGUUGUCCGAGUCUAGCUUCAGACCACGUCACACGCAAAGGUUGUGGAUCCGAUCACUCGCGAGGGUCGUUCUGAUGUCUCUGUUUCUGUUGAGAAUUCCUUUGUGGCCUCUGAUCAGUUUUCCAGAAGGUUCCACGAGGGGCUGAGAAAAGCGUGCCUGUUCCGUGGGUUUGGUGAAAAUUUCGACAGGUGACUUCUCAGAGUACAGUUUGUUUGAGAACAACAUAAGGAAGUUGUCAAUUGAAUUUCUGGAUAUUUCAUUCUGCCAUCAUCAACAUAACAGCGUGUCUAAAAGUAAUAAACUGUGCAUCUGGAUUCAUCAAAAAGAAGAUUGCUUGAUACAGCAAGGUAGCCCUGUUCUCUGUAUCUUUGGCAGUCACUGGGAAGUCGUGGGCCUCAUCAGCGAAUCCUCAAGGACAUGUGAUGAUACUGUUCUCAUCAUCAAGAUGGCCCUGAACCUAUCAUGGACGAGGCAGUUUAUUACUAUAGAUGAAAAACCACUGGAUUGGAUUUUCCCUUUGCUUUGCAAUUUUUGCCCUGGAAUAGAAGACAGUCUUAAUAAGAACAUAAGCAGUGCUGCUUUUGUCCCCCACGGAUUCUCUUCUCACUCAUGGAGUAGAUUAAUUACUUCCUCACAGAGCAGAUCACGGUGGAAUCCUCCUCCAUUUCUCUUUGUUUCAAAUAACAAAGACUCUUUUGCAGGCAGGCAGCACUUAUAUUUUCAAGUUGGACGUAUCUUUUCAGCUAGCAAAUCCUCAACAUCACGACCCUGGACAAUUCCUAUGUUCAAAACUUUGGGUAUUUAUCAUUCAACUGCUUCAUGCAAUAACCCGUUAUCUAGUCAUUCUGAGUGUUUUAGUCAUUGUGAGACCUCGAUCCCACCCAAAGCUUGUAUGUCAUCUAGCUUUCCCUGGAGAACUGGACUCCAGUACCAAAGUGGAAAACUUGCGGGAUCAGGUAGAUACCGGACUGAUCUUUCAGGUGCUAUAACUGGAUUUCACACAAUAUCAAUUAAUUUCAUUGGAUCUUUGAUUCCACUUCCAAAGCAAAUAGAUGGAUUCCAAAUCAGUUCUGAGAUACAUUCUCUUUAUCCUCAAAUUAAACCUCGUAUAUUUUCUUCUCCUGAUCAGUGUGUCAUUGGAUCGUGGCUGGGAGUUUCUCCUGAUAUUAGAUCUGGGGCACAGGCACAGGCUGCGCCAUAUGAAACUGAAACAGUGAUAUGGAGCCCAUUUAAUAAAGAAUUUGAUCAAACGAAAAUUUAUUAUAUUGUGGAAAAAGUUACUAUUGGUGCAGAGGAAGAAAGUUAUGAUGUAAAUCUACGGUCCCCUUUAUUAGUUAGUGAAAUCGAGUUAAAGUGUCCCAUGCUCAGUGACUGUGGGUAUCAGUACUCUUCAGCAACACCUACGGUGAAUACAUUGUUCAGUGGAGCUUGGUACUCAGCGAAAUCCCAAAUCACCUCUACAGAACCAGAUGGAAAAACGAUGUCUCCUGUAUCUAAGACAAAUCUGUUAUCCUAUACAAUUACUAUUCCUUUCUCUAAGCCUCUACCUACAAACAAUCCUUUUCUGUCUUGGGCUUAUUAUAAACCAAAUAAGAUCAUAGAAUCAAGCCACCUGUGUACAAUUAGCCUACUGAAUACACAUGAGGCCAGUGUAAUAAAACAAAAAUGGUUUGAAGUUAUAACAUGGCCUUUGUUCUAUUCUAAUAUUGUUAAACCUCUCACUUAUUCUAAAAUGAAUUUCAAGCGACAAUGGAUACAAAGCGAUUCAGACAUACCACAGCUUUGGACGUUUUCAAAAGUCAAGCCAAGGAAGUAUUUGGAUACCUUUAAAGCUGAUAAAGCAAGGCUGUGGUUGCAGAUUAAGAAUAAAGAAACAGAAUUCCAGAAACAUCCCAAAUUUCCGUUUGAGAGUCCCAGAAUUGAGAGCAGAGAAGGUAAAAUAAAAUAUUGGAUGAAGGCAAGAGGAGGUGCAAUUAUAUCAUUGGACCAAACAGAAACUUGUACAAUUGUACCACAGAACCGACCUGAUCCUAGUGCAGUCGGAUGUUGCUCUAAUUCUUAUCACACAUUGCUGAGGAUGCAACGAGAUGUUAAGACUUUUACUUAUCUUGAAAUUGAUAUGGCCAGACCAUUGGGCAGCCCCACUGGAAAUACUGAACAUUCAGAAAAGUCUAUACCAUUUACCGUUAGGUCUCGGAUGCACGCCGAGGGUGUGAAAAUCACACACUGGACAAAGUCACACACUGAAGAAAAGGUUUGGUUCCCUGUGCAAUCAAGAGGGGCCCAGCAUCCAUGUGACUCUCAAGUGAAUCAUUACUUGUCUGAGCUGCAAGAUGAAAAAAUACGACCUUGGUAUCGACCACAAGUCAAUACAGUCAAAACUGUGAUUAACACAGAGUUUCCAAUGCUGCCUUCCUGGAUCAAACAGGAAGGUGACCAAUCAGGACUCUGGACUCAAAGCCAAGACGAUUUUGCUAAAUAUUGGUUUCAAAUUCGAAUUAAAAUGAUCUCACAAGGGGCACAGCCAGUAUCUCAAACAGAACACAAAUGGGCAAUGUUGGAAACUGAAACAGAUAGACUCUGGGACCCACCUGUGGUUGACAAAUUAAGAAACUGGAUCCAUCAUGGCAUUGAUACAGUGAAGACCUUAAAUGAUUUAGAUGUUCAUAAAAUUAAACCACAGGUACACAAAGAGGCCAGGACAUUAAUAAAAUGGAGGCAGACUGACUUGCUCAAAAUAAAAACCCAGGCACCAUAUGAAGCUGACAUAGCCAUGUCAUGGAAUCAUGAUGGAAAACUAUUAGUCCACAACUGGAAGGACUUUUUGGAAGACAGAGACACAACUUGGAUAAAUUCUCAGCUCCAAGAACUGAAUGACUGGGCACCACCUAAAAUCGAUAGAUUCUCAAGGUGGACAAAGACAGACACACCACUCUCAAGCCUCUUGAUCUCGUCUGAAAUGGACACAUUUGUGCAGUCAGCCGUAAGUAAAUCCUCAAACAUAAAUCUCCUGAUAGAUUCUAUAAUUUAUGCUAUGCUAUUGUGGACCAAAAAGAAACCAGCAUCGAAGUCAAAAUGUACUCAUACUAUACUGAUUUUGUGGAUGUCAACAAAAAUGUUACCAGGAAGUCUCUGCACGCAAACCCUACGGGAUAAGUACGUGCCAUGGCUCCAGGAUGAGUCUCAAGAAACAAAUAACUGGAUGAUUUCUGAAUCUGAUUUAACGUCCUUGUGGCCUAAAACUCACUAUCCAGAAAUAAACUCAGUACCGUUUAAGGGUGAAACAUUUACAAUAUGGGACCCAGAGGAAUACCCUACACCAAAUCUAUGGAGAGAGAUUGAAGCAGAGAUAACCACUGAACUGACCCACACUGAGUCACCACUAGGAACUUCAUGUGCAUUUCAAGUUCCCAACAUGACAGUUUUUAACCAGGCUGACCCUCCGCCAAGAAUUCGUCCGCUGAGGGAGGACUAUGAUGAAAUAACAACGUGGCUCUCAUACAAAACACAACCAGUAAAUCCGUGGACUCCACCAGGUAGGAAUUUAGCCUCGGCUCCUCACUAUGAAACGUCAGUGAACAAUCUCUUCUCAGAGACAAAAUAUGAUACAGAUAUUCCAUGGUUUCACACUGAGUUUUUUACAGAAACCUCACUGACGGGGGCUGAAACUGUUUCAGGAGUGGGCGUGAAUGACGCUGAAACUGUAAAUAUGUGGACACAGACUACGGAUGCUUUGGAAAAAUUACGGACGAAGGAUAAAAUCCAAAUACCCACUUCCUUCACAGAGGGGAGAAUGGAUAGUUUCACACCAUGGAUUCAGAUGGAGUCUCCAACAUAUGAUAAAUGGACACUCCGUGUAUCCGAUAAAAUCACUUUAUUGACUCAAGCUAUGCAUCCAACAGGAUAUCAAUGGACAGAAAGCAUAGCUCCCACUGCCUCAGUUUGGCUGAAAGGCAAUCCUCUGUUAGUAAAUCUGUGGCUACAGAAAAUAUCUGACAGGGCUCUAUUGCCAUGGCCCCAGGCCGAAUACCUACCAUUAAACCUGCAACCUCCAGCUGUGACUUACACAAUCAUACCACACCUAUUUCAAGCUGAAUAUGCACCAAUCAGUCUGUGGAGAAAACCCACGUCCGAUGUCAUCAUCAUGCCAUGGAAUCAGCCUGAAUUAUUCAAUCAGAAAACAUAUCUUGAAUCUAAUACCAGAGUCCUGCCGUGGCCGGAGCCCGAACAGAUACCUGAGCACUUAUGGCUCCUACCAAUAAGUGAUACCUUUAUAUCACAGUGGCCAUGGCACGAAUCUUCUAAAAUAAAUAUGGCAUCAGCAGUAAACCCUGAUGCAUUGAUAAUGUCUAUACCACGAUGGCCAGAGAAGCACACACCUGAGGUGAAUCUAAGGUCACUACUUGUAUCUGACAGAAAGGCAGCAGCUUCGUUAUGGAGUGAAUAUUCAGCAGGAAAUGCGCUUGUAUCACCUAUGGAUGACAGAGUCACAUCUUGGUCCCAGUUUCAGGCCCUGCCAGCCUACACACAGGCGUGGACUGUAUUUGAUAUGAUGAUGCAAUCACAUACCCACAAUAAGUGUACAUUAAUAAACCAAUGGCCACACAUUUUCUCUGGUGCAAUGACAUCACCAUGGUGCUUGGAUGAUUUUCAAGCAACAAGUAUGUGGAGACAACCUGUGUCUGAUGAAUUUGUGCUAUCAAGGACACCGGUUUCAUCUCCAGAAGUAAAUCCGUGGGGCUCUGUGAUGUCUGAUGCAAUCACAGUCUCGUGCUCUGGAUCCGAAUAUUUGCUAGUAGACAGGGGGACACUCCUCAGAUAUAAUACAAUUGCACCUGCAUGGCUACAGCAGAGACUCCCACUGGAUUUAAGAAUGUCCCCCAUAUCUGAUAUAAUCACGCCACAUUGGUUACAGAAAGAAUCUACAGAUGGAAAUCUAAGGCUGUGGAGUGUGUCUGAUGCAGUGACACCGACUUGGACCCAGAUAGAAUCUCCAAUAUGGGGUCUGUGGGCGCUGCCACCUCCUAAUCCAGGGCCUCCAAAUGCAUUUCCAACAAGAAAUCUAUUGCCAAACUACUCAGCUGACAAAAUCACACAACCGUGGGAUCGCACUGAAAUUCCAUGGAUACAUCAUGCAUCCAUCACUAUUCCGCCAUUACGUCAGACUGAGUUUCGAGCUGAAAACCUUUGGACAUCGCCUUUGUCUGACACAGUGGCACCAUUAUCAACCCAUGUGGGUUCUUUGCCACUAUACCUGAGGACACUGUUACCGUCUAACUUUAUCACUGCACUGUGGACCCUCCCAGAACCUUUGCCAUCGAAACUAUGGACAUCAUCUGUAUUAAAUGGACUCAGACUGUCCUUGCCCCAGACUGAAUCUAAAAACAUAAAUGCACAGGCACUGUUUGAGGCUGACCCAUUAAUCCUGCCAUGGACUCAGUUCAAGCACAAAACACUCACUCCAUGGACAGCGAAAGCAGAUGAUAUGUUAUCACAAUGGAUGGCGUCUGAAGUUCUUUCUGUACAAUCUCAGAUUCGAUCUGCAUAUGAUCCAGAUCAGAGCCAUCUCCAAAUUCCAGCCAUCAAACAUUGGAUGCAUGCAGUGCCUGACCACGCUUUCUUAAGAAACCAAGCUUCUUCACCUGCAAUGUAUUUCUGGAAAAAACACGGCAUUGAUACAUUUAUGGAGUGGGCCACUUCACAAUUCACAAACACAAGGCGCCCGACAGAGACUCUAUCUACCAUACUCAACCAUGAUGAAAUUUCAACAACAGAUUCUUGGACAAAUUUUGAAACAAAUACUGUCUCACAAAUGUCCCAAGCUAAUUCCAGGAUCCUCAAUCUCUGGACACACAGUUUUGCCCACUGGAUGCAGUCUAAUUUUGAUGGAGUUACUCCAUGGGCUCAAACACUAUGGGCUGUAGAAAGUCCAACUAUUCAUAUGCGUAGUACAGAACCAUUGUGGAAAUUGGCUCAUAUCAAGGUAAUAAGAUCUUGGAAACAAUCCACGACAGAAAUGGCCUUACAAGUGAUAACAAAAAAGUCCACUACAGUAUAUUCCUUCACAAAAUUUAUAUUAGAUAAUGCCUUUAUUUUUGAUCAUACAGUCAGUCCAAUAGGAAGUCGACAGACACAGACUGAAGAUGAUGAAGCGAUAUGGACACAAUCCAAGUCCCUUAAAAAAUAUAUUCAGACAAAUCCUUACUCUAAAAUACUCACAAAAUGGGGACAGGGUGAAUUUUCAGAAGACAUUAUUUGGGCAGAACCUGAAGCUGGCAAAGCUAUGGUUUGGCAACAGAGCAAAUCUAAAUCUUUUAUUCCAAGGAUAGGAGAGACAGUUAAUGUAGUAAAAGCAAGGGCAGAAACUGAAUCCUCAGUCAAAACUUAUUUUGCAAAAUUAGUACCCAAUUCAUUGAGUGCACAGAUACAAGCAAACUUCCUAGCAAUGAAUGCUGAUGCACAACUUAUACAUGAUAAAUUUGUAUUGGGGACAAAUGCUAACUAUCCAUUAACAAAAAGUUGGAGAGAGGAAGGAAAUAGAGCAGUCAACACCAAGGGAAUCUCUGAAAAUCAACCUGCAACAGAAAUUGUCAACUUGUGCACAGACAUGGUGUAUCCAACAUUCAAUUCUUUGUUACAAAGAGAGAAUGUAGCAACUGUAUGGUCACGAGUUGAACCUCAACAAAUAAAAUUUCCAUGGCAGAAGACAAAAUUGUCAAACAUAAUACACUGGACACAGAGUGACUCAUUAUCAAUAUAUCCAUGCAUGAAUAAUAAAUUAUCUAAACUCAUGCCUUGGACCCUUGUUCAAUAUAUACCAGAAUAUCACUUAGCAGAUUCAAAAGCAAUACCUUGGAGUGAGACUGAGCCUUUUCUAGCACAUAUAUGGAAAGAGACCACAUUUUCAAAAGUCAUAUAUUGGACUCAAACUGAAUCCCUGUCAGUAACCCAGUCAACACAGGAUUCAGUAGUCACACCAUGGAUCCAGAGGGGAUUUCCGCAAGAAGAUAUGUGGGUAGGUUAUACUGCUCCUAAAAUCAAUCAAUUGAUUCAGGAGGACUAUGAGUUAGAAAGUUCUCCAACAGUGACUCUAUCCUCAAUAGUUUUUACUUGGACACACCCUGAACAUAUACCAUUAGUUCCAUGGACAGAGUCCAUGGAGCUUAGAUACACAACAAUAAACAAAGGGGUGUGGCCUUCAUAUAGUCCUAUUAUAUUGGCCCAUCCUGAAUCCCCAGAAGUAUUUAUGCCAACAAACUCUGUUUCUGAAACUUUCACACCACUCAAAUGGAACGACUUCCCAAUAAAAUAUCACUGGGCACAGCCUUUACCUGAUAAACUUAUACCACUGACCAGGGUUUUAUACAUACCAGAAAACCUUUGGACAGAAGUCGUAUAUUCUACAUUUGUACACAUGACAAAGUUUAUAUCUUCAUCAGAAAUUAUUCCUAUACAGCCUACUUAUUAUGCAGUCACACCAUGGGCUAAAGAUAAGGUUUCAGAAAUAAUUACCUGCACAUUGUCUGAUUAUCAUGCAUGCAUAUCAUGGAACCAAAGUAUGUAUGUAAAUUCCAUAAUAACAGAGGCUUCUAGUUCUGUACUUAAAAAGGCCCUCCAAACUCAGUCUUCUUUAGAUUUUUUGGCACCAAUAAUAACCACCAAAUUUACAAUGUGGAGACCAAGUGAACUGCCAUUAUUGGAAGCUGAGUUGAAGCCCAUAGCUUCCAUAAUUGUUGAAUGGACCCAAGCUGAGGUUUCACAAAACUUAAUAGCAGAAACUUCAAAAACAACAGACACAUCUCUGAACUCCAUUAUAUUUCCACCUAUACUGUUUUAUAUGAAGGCAGAAACUGAGAAAGGAACAUUUUUAACAGUGACUGAAAGUGAAGCUAAGAAAAUUUUGACAGUGUCUAAUAUUAAUACUUUAAUAAUUUCAGUGCAUGCUCCAACUUAUGUUAUCCAACAUUCAACACAAAUUAGGUGGACAUCUCUUUUGUGGGCACCUACAGAAACCCUAGACAGAAAUACAUGGUCUUUUUCUGAAGUGGGAUCACCCUUAUCCUGGAAGGUGCCUAUUCCUUUAGCAGCUAGUUAUGAGCUUCACCACAACCCAAAACAUUGGUUUAAAACUCAAGAUGAAAGAAUAAAACCAUGGACUCAGUCAGACUUUCAGAUAAUCGAUGUUUCCACUCUACCGAUGACUAACAAAGUAGAGUCCCAUGAUCGACAUAUAGUGGGUAUGCAUUCUGCUACUGAUAUAUUUGAUGCCUGGUCCCAGUCUAAAACAGAAAGUGUAAGAUUCUGGAAUAUUUCAAAAGACAGUACAUCAAGGCCAUGGUUCCAAAUCGAAGCUGGCAUAGACAAUAAUCAGAUGCCGCUGAAAUCUACCGCAGUGAAAGUAUGGCCUCAGGCUGAAUCAGAAGUGUUUCGACCCUGGACCCAGAAUGUAUUUAAUAUCCCACUGUCACAGGAUGAAAUAGAACCAGAAACAUACUUGAACAUGUCCAACAUUAAUGCUUGGUUCCAGUUUCAAAAAAUUUCAACAAGACAAAGAACUAAAUUUGCCCAUGAAACUGUUACUCCAUGGAUUUGGCCAGAAUGGCAAAUCACUCAUUCCUGGAAUGAACAUGAGAUAAAGGUACCAAAAACUGGGUCACAUUUUAGAACAGAUACAUCCCAAAUAUUCUUAACCUAUUCAAAGUCUGAUGAGAUUAAACUUUGGACUCAACCUGAAUCGCAGCUUGUUAGGAGGUGGACUGAAGAUGCCAUAGUCACACUUUGGUCCCUGACUAAAAAUGAUGCAAUUAAGCCAUGGUUAGGACUGGAGUAUGAAACAACACAAGCUGUGGCACAGCUAAGUGAUGGUGUAAUCGAUCCUUCCGUUCAGUGUGAGGCUUCUACUGAAACGCUACCAGUGAUUUCCUGGAUUCCUUUUGAUGCAGUACCAUACUCAGUACAGACUCAGAUGGAGUCUACAUUUCAAUCCCCGACUCAAAUCCACGCAAUUAGGCAAUGGUCACAACCAGAAUAUGAAACUACAAAAUAUUUGACACAUUCUAAUGUUGGUGUGGCCUACCCUUGGGUUCAGCAUGAGGGCUCUACUAAGACUCUAGAGAUCAUUCCCUGGACUCGUUCUGAUACACUAAUAUACCCAUUACAGACUCAAAUCGACUAUGAAUUUCAGUCCCCGACUCAAGCCUAUUCAAUUAGGCAAUGGUCAUACCCGAAAUAUGAAAUUACAAAAUAUUUGGCACAUCCUAAUGUUCCUAUAAUCAAACCUUGGAUUCAGCAUGAGGACUCUACCAAAACUCAAGGAAUCAUUCCCUGGACUCAUUCUGAUAUGGUAAUAUCAUACCCAUUACAGACUCAAAUGGACUCUACAUUUCAGUCCCUGACUCAAAUUUAUGCAGCUAAGCAAUGGUCACAACCGAAAUAUGAAACUACAGAAUCUUGGAGACAGCCAGGUGUUGGUAUGGCCUACCCUUGGAUUACGCAUCAAGGUUCUACUGAAACUCUAGAAAUCUUUUCAUGGGCUCCUUCCAAUACAGUGAUAUCCUCACUACAGACUCAGAUAGAUUCCACACUUCAUUAUCUACCUCAAAAUUAUGCCAUCGGACAAUGGUCACAACCAGAUUACAAAACUACAAGAUCAACACAAACUAAUGGUCACGAAAUCAGCCCUUUGAUUCAGCCUCAAGGUUCCACUGCAACCCUAAAAAUAGUUUUCUGGACUCACUCCGAUACACUAUCAUACUCAAUACAGACUCUAAUGGAUUCAUUUAGGUUUUGGAACCAGUUUCAACCAAAAACACCCCAAAUUUGGGCCCCAACUGCAGAACAAGCUAGAGAAACACCAGUUUUGACUGGAAUUGGUACAGUAACAUCACCCUUUCACUUUCAAGAGACGCUUUCAAGGGAGAAACCUACCCUGAUGCCUCCACCUCAACUUGGCCCUCAAGAUAAGCACUUAAUGGAACCACUGUCUUUUAAGGAAUCGAUACUUAAUGUUUCCUUGUCGGGAUGUCACCUUAGUAUGGUAUGGAAAGAUAAUCUUCAAGCUCUAUGGCUCUACAAAACAGCAGUUCUUUCUCAUGAAACCACAGAAUGUGGUUUACGCCCUGGCCUUGUCCCCCACUGUCCCAACUGCUGGGAAGCUGAAAUAGGUGAAUUUCCUUGGAUGGUUUCUGUGCAACUUUCUUACUCCCACUUCUGUGCAGGCUCCAUACUUAAUGAAAAGUGGAUCCUUACGUCUGCUCGAUGUGCCAAUUUUGUAAAACGGUCAGAAGCUCUGGCUUUAGUCCAAGUGGGGCUGGUUGAUCUUCAGGACGCUACACAGGGUGAAAUCGUAGGGAUUCACCGUUCCAUGCCAUAUUUAGGUUCCAGUGGACCAUUGGGACCUGGCCUGCUCUUGUUGAAGGAGCCCCUACAGUUUCAACCUUGGGUGCUUCCUAUUUGCUUGGUGGAGAGUCUGGAUCAGGAGAGACAUAUCCAGCUGUAUGACUGCUGGCUACCCAGUUGGUCCCUUAUGAGGGGAAGUCCUGGUAUCCUGCAAAAAAGGCACCUGAGCAUCAUGCAAAUCAGCCCUUGUGACAAAUUUUGGCCUCAACUGAAUGAGUUCACUUUCUGUGUAGAAGCCAAGAAAGCUAUGGGGGAAUCUGGCUGCAAGGGUGAUCUUGGGGCACCUUUGGUCUGUCAUCUGCAACAUAAAGACACGUGGGUGCAGAUGGGGAUUUUAAUUCACUUUGAUGAACAGUGCAAAAAGCCCUAUGUCUUCAGCCACGUUAGUCCUUUCAUUUCCUGGCUCCAGAGAGUCACACAGCCCAGCCACGCCCCCUGGUCCAAUCAAGAACCUGUGACUAUUUCAGUUUCUAAUUCCGUGACAGUCUUUACCAAUAGAAAAGUCUCAAAAUUUACAGCUUCAGUUGAAUCUACUCCACACUUCAUCUCUCUGUCAGAGCCUCAGGCUUUAGGGGAUCAUAUUUCUCUGCAAUAUACGAUGCCAUGGCAGGCUCUGAUCUCCAGCUGUGGCAAUCAGAUCUGCAGUGGCUCCAUGAUUAAUAGCUACUGGGUUCUCACCGCUGCCCACUGUGUCAGGCACAUGAAUCCCAAAGACACUGUUGUGAUACUGGGCUUUCGGAAUCCUGGGACAACUCUGAAAAUUGUUAAGGUGACUUCUAUUUUACUGAAUGAAGAAUUCCGGUUAUCAAAUCAGGGUGUGAGAAAUGACCUAGCUCUUGUGAGAAUUCAAGAAGGCCAGGGUUCUGUUCCCAUAGUGGCGCCUUUGGGCAAUAUUAGGAAUCUAAACACCUCAGAAUGCUGGCUGUCUGGACCUCAGAUUGUCAACCCAGGGGAUAUACUUGAAAACCCAGAAGUUCUACAGAUACAAUUGAUGGGAGCUUCCAACUGUGCCUAUCUCUACCCAGACAUAGGGGGUUCUACUGUUUGCUAUGCUUCACAGGCCAGGGGACCUGAAAUAAAUAUGGAGUCAGUGAGUCCUGGAAGCACUGUUAUGUGCAGGCCGAUAUCUGGCAAUGGCAAAUGGAUACAAAUAGGUCUCACCAGUCUCAAACAUUUAGCUACUAUAGUGAGCCCACACUUUUCCUGGAUCUUGUCAUCCACAGCAAAGGCAGGUUAUCCCUUAAACCCGGAUUUCAAUCCUUGGGUAGAAAACCCGAAAUCCUCUAGUCUUGUUAGACGUCCAACCACACCGCUAUUUUACUUUGGAAUGACUCUUGCAGUGAUGAGGAUGUUUAUUUUGUAGUUAAUUAAAUACAUUAUGCAAGUCUGUUGAACUGUAAAUAGGAAAUCAGGAAAAAAAAUCAAUGAAAUACUGUUAUUCUCUGUAGCUUCUCCUUACAUAUUGUUUUAAUAAACAGGAUUUUCCUCAACAUUGGCUACUUUAUAUUUCUACUUGAGUUAUGUACACUCUUUGGAAUCUCAGGGUUGUUUUGAUUUGCAUUUCCCUGAUGACUAAGGAUGUUAAGCAUUUCUUUAGGUGAUUCUCAGCCAUUCAGUAUUCCUCAGCUGAGAAUGUUUUGUUUAGGUCUGUACCCCAAUUUUUAAUAGGGUUAUUUGUCUCCCUGCAGUCUAACUUCUUGAGUUCUUUGUAUAUAUUGAAUAUUAGCCCUCUCUCAGAUGUAGGAUUGGCAAAGAUCUUUCCCCAAUCUGUUGGUUGCCAUUUUAUCCUAACAGCAGUGUCCUUUGCCUUACAGAAGCUUUGCAGUUUUCUGAGGUCCCAUUUGUUGAUUCUUGAUCUUAGAGCAUAAGCCAUUGGUGUUUUGUUCAGGAAAUUUUCCCUAGUGCCCAUGUGUUCGAGAUGCUUCCCCACAUUUUCUUCCAUUACUUUGAGUGUAUCUGGUUUGAUGUGGAGGUCCUUGAUCCACUUGGGCUUAAGCUUUGUACAGGGUGAUAAGCAUGGAUCGAUCUGCAUUCUUCUACAUGUUGCCCUCCAGUUGAACCAGCACCAUUUGCUGAAAAUGCUAUUUUUUUCCCAUUGGAUGAUUUUGGCUCCUUUGUCAAAAAUCAAGUAACCAUAGGUGUGUGGGUUCAUUUCUGGGUCUUCAAUUCUAUUCCACUCUUCUAUCUGUCUGUCUCUGUACCAAUACCAUGCAGUUUUUAUCACUAUUGCUCUGUAAUACUGCUUGAAGUCACAGAUGGUGAUUCUUCCUGAAUAAUUCUAUUUUUUUUUCUCUUUUUUUCGGAGCUGGGGACUGAACCCAGGGCCUUGCGCUUGCUAGGCAAGUGCUCUACCACUGAGCUAAAUCCCCAACCCCAAUUCUAUUAUUUUUAAAAUAUUUUUUAUUUUUAUUUGUUUGAAUAAGUAUAUACAUGUGUACAAUCUUGGGUCGCACAUGGCAUUACAAAGGCAAUGGAUUCCAUUGACGAUACUCUCAAUUGUGGGAUGCAUAACAGAUAAUGAGAACCAACUGUAAAUCAUAUGCAAGAACAGUGAACAUUCUAACCACUGUGCUGCUUGGAUCCCCUGUCUCAUAAUGACUUGUGCAUAUUGAAAUGUCCACAUAAGAACUGGUGUCCAUGAAGAUGAGAGUACUGAAUGUCUUAACACGCAGAGAUUAUAGGUAUUUAUAAGUAACUGUGAGGGCAGGAAAAGAGCAGCAAGCAAUCUUAAGCACUGUAUUAUCAUUCUCUAUUUUCUAACUUUUAAUGUUAAACAAUUCCAAAAUCAUAUUUAAUAUGAAAAAUAUACAAUGGUUUGGUUUAGCAUCAUUUUAUUCUUUAAAAGCCAGUGAAAUUUACCUCAUAGUGAAAUGUGCUACUUAACAUCAAAUGUGUAUUUUCUCCUCUUCCUGGCUAUACAUUCUUGUUCAUAUGUAAGAAAUAAUUCAUUAUCAUUUAAAUUGGAAUAAAUAAAAUGUUUAUUCUACAAACAAUAUUGUUUUUAACAAAUGGACCUCAAGACCAGCACAUACGCCAAGGUAGAAGUACUGUCUCCCACCCUUCAGUACAAUGACAACAAGAAAUGUAGAAACUCAUACUAUGGGCCUUCAGAAGAGUUUUCAUCGCAGGUCAUAGUCAAUGUUUCCCUCUGUCCAGAACCCUAACAGGCAUCACUUCAGCAUCAGUGUGGAGACUCUCAAUACCCCCUCAAUGCUACAGUAGAGUUCACAUCCCAUCUUGCAGACCAUGUCUUAUCUCUUCUGAAGGAAAAACACAGUGUUUUAUUGCUGUGGUCCCUGGGUGGGGCCCCAAGGACAGCAAAGGAAAUUUCCAUGCCAUUUUAGUAGUGCAAGAGCCUGUGUCCCCUGCAAAUCAAAUGACACAGGACAGAGAAACCUAGCAAAUUAGUGAGCCUAAGACUGGGCCAAGAACAGGGAAGCAAAUGCUUCCUCUUAUCCACGUGAGAGUGGUCUCAGAUGCUGGCAGCUUGGCACCUCCUCCUGUGAACAGGAGAUGCUUGAUGACUGCAGAGUCCAGGUAUCUUUCUCAUCGAUUCAAAGGCUACAUAAAAUGCUGGCUUCUGUAAAAUACGUUAGAUUUGGACCUCGAUGCUGGUCUCCUGAAUCUCUUUCCUGGGUUUGUGACUCUACACCCUUCACCCAUUACUGGAUCCAGAUUCUCGCAGCUGGUAUCAUGAAGAUGAGCCAUUGAGAAGUGCAAAGUCAGUGAACCUCUCCAAUAUGGGUGACAGCCCCCCUCAGAUGGAGCUCAGAGUUCUCAGAGGGGGACUCUGGAAAUCAGGCUGAUGAAUGUUUCUACUAAACAACGUAAUCUCAUUGAUGGUAAAAAUAUGGUGAGGUCACACGCCUCUGCCCUUGGCUUCUGGAGAAGCAUGUUUGAGAUAAGAUGUUUGGGAGACAGAGAGCUCCCAGGCCAAGAGAAAGGAGUUUGAAGAUGAACUCCCACCCUGUUUUUCUUUGUUGCAGCAUCAGUGCUCGGCUACCUCAGAGGUCUACACUCUGGCAGCUUGAGACCCAUUCCACUAGAAUUGAUAGAUUAAAGCCAGAGAUGAGCUGUUCCUUGCCACAGGUAAAUUAUACCAUAGACAAGGGAGAAGCCUUGCAGCAGCCAGACAAUCUUGUAGAUAAAAAAUAUUAGGUCCAAUGAGGGAAGUCAUUAUCCUGUUUUACAUAACCUCCCAGCUUAUGGCUCUGAUGAAAAGGUAGAAUAUUCUACCCCUUUACACUCCCAGCCUGUCUGGAAAAAUUCUCAGAGGCCUGGGUUCCCAAAAGCACCAACAUCCACUGGCCUGCCCCAUCUUGUAGCAGCCACUUGGCCAAACAUGGCUCAUCCUUCUGCUCUCGUCCUUGGGGAGGGUCAAAAAUGCUUCCCUUGUAUGAGGAGAUGCUAAAUUCUGGACCUGUAAGGAUGACAGGGAUAGCGUUUCCAUACAUGCUUUACCAAUAUUCUUUACAUCAGCAGGUCUGUGAAACUCCCUACAGCUAAAUUUUUCAUUGUUGAUAACCAAAAAACCUACAAUACAACUUUUGACCUCAUGAGAAUAGAUUCCUCAGCCAAGGUCCUUGUCAUUUUUCCCAACUUAGUAGCCCAUUCCUAUCCUGACCCUGCCCUCAGUUUCAAUUUAAUUAUACAAAUACUUAUAACUGUUAAAUAUUUUAAAUAUAUAAAUUAAUUAUCAAUUAUCUUAUACUCUUUAAUAUAAUCAUAUAUACACUUUUAAUUAACUAUUAAAAUAAGGCUUAUUUUUCUUCCUAUGCAUAUGUUUCAUAUAUUUGACAUUCAGUUUUCUCUAUGUACUUGGAGAUAUACAUACAUACAUACAUACAUACAUACAUACAUACAUACAUACAAACAAACUUGGGUCCAACUCUCAUUUAAAGAAAUAUAUAUUUACUACAACCACAAAAAUUUAAACAACAAACAUAUGUCUCUCCAUCUGGACUGCUGACCUCAGUAGGAUUUAAAUGACCCCAGGCUUUCAACCUACAAUGUGUAUUCACCAUUGUAAGAGGACCACCUGAUGUAAAGCAGUGACACAAACCUUCUUAUUCACAAUGAACAAUGUUCAUUCUUGUACCUUAAGGCCAACAAGGCAAUCAUAUCUCCCAAAUAUUUUAAAUAUAAAUUUUGUACGAUGUUUAAAAAUCCGAAAUUAUAUUCCUUAUGACAUACUGUAUAAAUUAUUUAAGUAUAAUUUAAAAGAUACUGUAUAUAAUAAAAAUUUAAACUAUAAAAAUCCAUUUAAGUUAACAAAUUAUAACAAUAUAUUAAUUGCCUAUAGAUUACUAUUGCAUGGGGUUCAAUGUAUAAUUUGAACUUUAGCAAAGUUUAUUUUACAAAUUUGGAUUUCCUUGCAUUCUGGGCAUAAAUAUUCAAAAUUCAGACAUCAUCAUGGUGGAAUCUUCCUUUGAUGUACUUUUCUACCUCUUUCGAUUACUUUUGAUUGAAAGACUCCUUUAUUGGACAUUAGAAUGACAACUCCAGGUUCUUUCUUAGGUCCAUUUGCUUGGAAAGACUUUUUCCAACCCUUCACUCUAAGGAAGUCCCUCUCUGUGUCUGUGAAGCAUGUUUCUUGUACACAGCACCAUAAUGGAUCUGACUAACAUAUCCAGUCUGUUAUCCUAUUUUUUAUUGGUAAAUUGAGCCCACUGAUAUUGGGAAAUAUUAAUAACCAAUGAUUAUUAGUUCCAAUUAUUUUAAUAUUGGAGGUAUUACUCUCCUUUCUCUGUCUCUAACUCUUUGUCUCUCUGUAUCUCUGUAUCUCUCUCUCUCUCUCUCUCUCUCUCUGUGUGUCUUUUAUUUUUGCUGGAAGAUGAUAUUUUUGUGUGUUUUUGUGGGUGUAGAGUUUCUCUUCUAGUAUUCUCUGUAGGGCUAGAGUAGUAUAAAGAUAUUUUGUAAAUUUGGUUUUGUCAUGGAAUAUCUUGGUUUCUCCAUCUAUGUUAAUUGAGAGUUUUGCAGGAUACAGUAACCUGGGCUGGCAUUUGUGUUCUCUUACGGUCUGUAUGACAUCUGUCCAGGAUCUUCUGGCUUUCAUAGUCUUUGGCGAGAAGUCUGGUAUAAAUCUGAUAGGUCUGCCUUUGACCUUUCCUUGACCUUUUCCCCUUAAUGCUUUUAAUAUUCUUUCUUUGUGUUGUGCAUUUGGUGUUUUGACUAUUACGUGACAGGAGAAGUUUCUCUUCUGGUUCAAUCUAUUUGAAGUUCUGUAGGCUUCUUGUAUGUUUACAGGCAUCUCUUUCUUUAGGUUAGGGAAGUUUUCUUCUAUGAUUUUGUUGAAGAUAUUUACUGGCUGUUUAAGAGAAGCCAAUGAAAUAGGGACCAUCAAACCUCAGAUCUCCUAUUACAGCAAGUACUGGAUAUCCUAACACACCCAAAGAAUAAGAUUAUGUUCUUAAACCUUAUCUCAUGAAAGUUAUGAAUAGGCCUUUAAAGUGGAUAUUAAUAAUUCUUUUAAAAUAUAGGAAAACAAUCAAAUAUGUAGAGGCCCUUAAAGAAGAAACAAAUCUUUUAAAGAAACACUGGAAAUUACAAACAAACCGCCAAAGGAAUGAAUAAAACAGUCCAAGACAUACAUAUGGAAAUAGAAAAAAUAAAGAAAACACAUGUGGUGGCAACCCUACAUAUGGAAAACCCAAGAAAGAGAAUAGGAACUGCAAAUGAAAGCAUCACCAACAGAAUACAAGAGAUAGGAGAGAAAAUGUCAAGUGCAGAAGAUGCAAUAGCAGAAAUUGUGCCAAAUGAAAGUGCCAAAUGAAAAAGUUUCUAACUCAAAAUAUCUAAGAAAUUAGGGACUCUAUGAAUAGACCACCCUAAGAAUAAAAGGAAUUGAAGAUACUGAAGAUUCCCAGUACAAUGAGCUAGAAAACAUCUUCAACAAAAUCAUAGAAGAAAACUGCCCUAACCUGAAGAAAGAGAUGCCCAUAAACAUACAAGAACCUUACAAAGCAUGAAAUAGAUUUGACAAGAAAUGGAAAUAUUUUUGCCACAUAAUAACUGAAACACUAAAUAUACAGAGAAUGUUAAAAGCUGUAAGAGUAAAAAGGCACAGAAACAUGUUCUUGUGCUUGCCUUUCACCAUUGGGAUGUCUCUCCUGGUGGCUGGCCUGGGUGUGUCUUGGAUGUAAUCAGGCCUCCUGGGGUGCAGGCAACCUGUGUGGACUUGAUGAGGUGCAUCCAUCAGUGACUGCUGCAGAAGUAGUUGUUGAGCAGAAGAGGAGGAAGCUCUGACAGAGAGGGGCAUGGCCUAUGAUUACUGGACUUGCUAGGGUCCUACCAGAUGGCAGGGUUGGUGGGGUCUCACCCCGUGUCUUGAAUUAGAGCCAACCUCCUGGGAUGUUGUAGAAUUGUGGGGUGCUGUGCACUGCAUCAAUCCACGAUUGCAGGUGGAUAUGCAGAAUAAAAGGAGGGGAGAAUCACCUUAUUUUAAGCAGUAUAUUAUUAACUUGUAGUGACAAAUCAUACGACUUGCAAAUUUCAUUAAUCCAGAUAACUCAGACUUAGGAAUUAUUGUUGUUAUCCUCUUAAAAUUUUGUUUAAAAGUUCUUUUUUCUAAAUUAAUUAACACUACAGAAAACUGGUAUAAACCAAUUUUUCCAAAAAUGACAAAUCCUAUUCUUAUGUUAUUUUACAUCAUUCUUGCAUCACGUAAACAUGUUAUAUUUUGUUAGUCAUUCUACUUUUAUUGCUGGAUUCUUACUAGUUCUCACUAGCUGAAUAUGUGUAUCUUUUAUCUUCUAGGUUAUAAUUAUCAAAACUUCUAUAUAUACUCUAAAAGGAGUUUUGCACUCUGAUCUCAUGUCUCUUGCCUUGCUGAAGCUUGUCAGCAUCCUUUGUCUAAGUUCAUAUUAUUCCAAUUAUUUUGUUUCAUGAAUUUUCUCUUCUAUUUAUUUUUUAUUAUUUACAUUUUAAAUGCUGCCCCCUUUCCUGGUUUCCCUUCCAGAAACAUGCUAUCUAAUCCCUUCUCCCCUGCCUCUAUGCUCCCUCACCCACCCACCCACUUUUUCUGACUUCCCCACACCCCCAACAUCCCCCUACACUGCGGCAUCGAUUUUUUUAGAGAACCAAGGGCCUCUCCUUCCAUUAAUUCCUGACAAGGCCCACACUCUGCUCAUAUAUGACUGGAACAAUAGCUCGAUCACUGUGUACACUUGGGAUGGUGGUUUAGUCCCUGAGAGCUCUGGGGAGCUCUGGUUGGUUGGUACUGUUGUUCUUUUUUUUUUCUUUUUUUCGGAGCUGGGGACCGAACCCAGGGCCUUGUGCUUGCUAGGCAAGCGCUCUACCACUGAGCUAAAUCCCCAACCCCAGGUAUUGUUCUUAUGAGGUGGCAAACCCCUUCAUCUCCUUCAAUCCUUUCUCUAACUCCUUCAUUGGGGACCCUGUUCAUAGUUCAAUGUUCAUCCUCCUCUGUAUUUGUCAGGCUCUGGCUGAGCUUCUCAGGACACAGCUAUAUCGGACUCCUGCCAGCAAUAUUGUCUGGGUUUGGUGUCUGUUUAUAGGCUGGGUCCCCAGGUGGCGCAGUCUCUGGGUGACCUUUCCUUCAGUCUCUGCUCCAAACUUUGUCACUGUAUUUCCUUCUGUGAGUAUUUUGACCUCCCUUCAAAAAGGACUGAGGCAUCCACAUUUUGUCGUUCCUUCUUCUUGAGUUUCAUAUGAACUGUGAAUUUAUUUCUUAUAUAUUCCAAGCUUUUGGUCUAAUAUCAGCAUAUCAUUGAGUGCACACAAUGUGGGUCCUUUGUAACUGGAUAAUAUUUUCUAGUUCCAUCAUUUGCCUAUGAAUUUCAUGAAGUCAUUGUUUUUGAUAGCUGAGUAAUAUUCCAUUGUGUAGAUGUACCACAUUUUCUGUAUCGAUUUCUCUGUUGAAGGGCAUCUGGGUUCUUUCCAGCUUCUGGCUAUUAUAAAUAAGGCUGCGAUGAACAUAGUGGAGCACGUGUCUUUGUUAUAUGUUGGGGCUUCUUUUGGGUAUAUGCCCAAGAGAGGUAUAGCUGGAUCCUCAGGUAGUUCAAUGUCCAAUUUUCUGAGGAACCUCCAGACUGAUUUCCAGAAUGGUUGUGCCAGUCUACAAUCCCACCAACAAUGGAGGAGUGUUCCUCUUUCUACACAUCCUCGCCAGCAUCUGCUGUCACCUGAGUUUUUGAUCUUAGCCAUUCUGACUGGUGUGAGGUAGAAUCUCAGGGUUGUUUUGGUUUUGAUUUCCCUGAUGAGUAAGGUUGUUUCUUUAGAUGCUUCUCAGCCAUUCUAUAUUCCUCAGUGGAGACUUCAUUGUUUAGAUCUGUAGCCCAAUUUUAAAAGUGUUAUUUAAAUCUCUGCUGAUCUGCUUUUCUGCACCACAAACGUAAUGGUUGUUUCUAACCAAAGCUGUCUUACUCUUAGAAUAGUUUUGCUACUCAGGAUCCACAAACUAUUUAGAGUAGUCAUGGAAACAUAAGAAUGUUUAGUGUUCCUUCUCAGAACUGAGCAGCCAUUAACAUUUUCCCAUCCUGAGAGACAGCUUUCAGAGCCUUGAGACUUCUGGAGGACCGGUUUAAACAGCUGGCAGCUCCAGAAAGAACGUCAGCACUACUGGAUGGUGUGUCAAAUGUGCUCAUCUAAACCGAUGGUGCCCUUGAUAUACAGCAGUCACUCCGAACGCUGUGAUUUUUAUCAUUAGGAGGUGCUGCAAAGCAGGCUAAAUGGAUGAAGUGGAGCUGGGACCAGAUCGGGUCUAUAGGAUUCCAGUCGGGCUGGGAGUGAGUGGCAGGAGAAGACCUUCUCCAAGGAUUUUAAUGAAACAGCUUUUUAAAGACAAACUUAAGUUGUGUGCAUAGCUUUAUUCAUGUUGCUUUAUUUCUUCCAGUGAUUCCCAUCUCAACAUUCAUUACUACUAAGAACAUUCUUGACUCAUCUUUCAAAUGUAUAAAUUCACGUAUAACGUGCAGAGUUCUGCUGAAGCGAAGGAGUGGAUUUUCAGAUUGGCAAGCCUUCUGUGCAGCUUUAUGGUCUGGGGAUUUGGUAUAAGCUUAGCUACUAGUAGAUACUGGCGUCUGUGGGAAUUCAACAACAAGGCUUUACAACUUGUAUACAUUGGCCUGUGGGAAGCUUACUACUAUCAAGAAGUCAACAAAUCAGGUUCAAUAACCAGAGUGCCAGUGCACAGCGCUAUGAACUCCAGUUGGACCAUUUCACUUGAAAUUGAGUAUGCACGGGGCCUGAUAUUAUUAGCUAAUUUUAUGCAGCCCAUAGUCCUUAUUUUCAGUUCUGUAGCUAUUAUGGUGUGCUGGAUUAGAGCCCCAUAUCCCGAUUUCAUGAUGCUGUGCUACAACACUUCUGUCUUGUUUCUGGUUCUAAACAUCAUUUGCACAGUUUUGGCAGUGAGCUGGAACCAUGUGGUGGACCUUUAUGGAGAAAGCACACUUGAUUUCCCACCAACGUUUCCUGUUGGGAAAGAUGAUCUGCUCAGAAAGCAGAAAACCCAUGUGUUCCCACUGGGGAUGCUGACGGCUGUGCUCUCAGCAAUCAGCAUCAUUAUGUUGUUAUAUGAGAUGUGGUUAAUUAGACCAAAGACCAGAGUUAAGCCUGUGGCUGCCAUGAAACAACCUCAUCAGAAGACCUGAGCUGAGGGGUCUGUCCCAGCAGUAAUUGCCAGAAGACUCCUGGGAGAGUCUACAUAAACCUACUCCAGUUAUAUACUCAUUUAAAAUAAAACAUUCACUUGAUUAUCCUGA